UGGCCGCUUCGAGAGGAUCGCCCCGAUUUUAUUAAUAUUUCUGCUCAACAUUUCAUUAGUAGAUUAUAAAGUACUAUAUAGUUGUGGGCAGUUAUUGUCAGUGCCUUAUAUCUUACAUAAUGGAGGAUUUACACGCUUGUAGCUGCUGCCUGCUGCGGCCGCCGGAGAAGGGGCUUAAGGUUAUGUAUAAACAUCUCGGCAAAACAGAGAUAUACUGCGACAUGCUGAGAGACUGCUUUAAUAUAAAUCUAAGCAUGGGAAAUGAGGAGUGUGGGAUCUGCGAGGUGUGCGUGGUGCGGCUGCGGGAUGCGAGCGACUUCAAGCAGCAAGUGCAGCGCAGCCAGGCCGAGCUGCGCGCGCAGCUCACGGGAGCGAUAGCUGCUAGUAACAAGUUAAAAAUCAAGUUGGAAAAAGCUCUUGAAGAUGAAACAAUUAUACGCGAUAUCAAGGUGGAGAAGUCCGCGGUAGAGAUGGCUGAUGGCGAGGUCGUUUCAGGUAUUGGAUGUAUACCGUGCAGAUAAAUGCUUUUAUUACUACUGAUACUUCACCACGAACACGACAAUGGCACGUUUUAUCAUUUAUCGUCAUUAAGAAAGGGACAGAUCACAUGAUAUGUAUCAUAUGAUCUGUCCUGUGAUUUUUCAAAGACGGCUCGACUGAUAACUUUUUUGUUUGAAAGACAAAUUACAGAUCAAGAUAACAAUAUAUAGUAGACGAUACUUGGUACUCUUGGUAGUUAAA